AUCUGCCUCCCAGUCUCUCACCUUUUUAUUUAAUAAUCUCUGCCGUCCUCCAUUUCAUUUCAUUCCGCCUGUUCUGUUUUCUCACUCUUGAAUCUUCAUAUCUGUGUCUCUCCCGAGUUCUCCCCGAUCUUCUUCAUUUGUUGACUGAGUUAUACCAGUCGUGUAGGCGUGUAGCUGAAGGUCGGCCAUGGAGAACAAUCAGCAAUCCUUCUGGCAAUUUAGCGAUCAGCUUCGUCUUCAGUCUUCCAGUCUGGCUAAUCUGUCGCUCAACGAUUCAAUAUGGAGCAGCAAUUACGGCACCAAGAGGACUGAUCAGAGGAAGAAUUUCGAUAUCAAGGUUGGUGGUGAGAUCAACAACACCACCAAUUUCAACUCCAAGCCUUCUUCGGACUACAAUCUCUUCAACGAUGGCUGGAAGAUGCCCGAUUCUUCGAUUUCCAAUGGAUCGCUUUUCUCUGUGCCUCACAACACCGUCCCCCUCAACGGAGCCUUCAAUAAAGGUAUCUACUCCAAGCCUUCUUAUCUCGAUCUUAACAUCAACUCUAUCAACUCGAGGGCCCACAAGAUUGGUGGUAAGAUUGAAGAACCCAAAGCUGCUAAGAAGAACAAUACUAGUGGUAACAGGAAAAACAACGACAACAAUAACGACAACAAGGAUACCAAGGCCGCCGUCGACAAGAGAUUCAAAACCCUGCCUCCUUCCGAGUCUCUUCCUAGAAAUGAAACCAUCGGGGGAUACAUAUUUGUCUGCAACAACGACACCAUGGCUGAAAAUCUCAAGAGGCAGCUCUUUGGCCUGCCCCCACGAUAUCGGGACUCAGUUCGCGCAAUUACUCCGGGACUGCCCCUCUUUCUGUACAAUUAUUCCACCCACCAACUCCAUGGCAUCUUUGAGGCUGCAAGCUUUGGAGGAACAAAUAUUGAUCCAACGGCUUGGGAGGACAAGAAGUGCCCUGGUGAAUCUCGCUUUCCUGCGCAGGUACAGGUAAUUACCAGGAAAAUUUGUGAGCCAUUGGAAGAGGACUCCUUCAGGCCAAUUCUUCACCAUUAUGACGGCCCUAAGUUCCGUCUUGAACUGAAUGUGCCCGAGGCACUAUCUCUCCUGGAUAUUUUCGCUGAUCAAGACACUUUCAAAGAAGCUUUCCAUGCGAUACCAGCUUGAAGGUAGAUGAGAAAGAGAAUACAAUAACAGAAGUUACGAAGACAUACAAAGGAUAAUUAUCAUAGAGUGGUGGGUCUAAAUGUCAUACAUGGACUUACAAUUAAAGAUGGCUGGAAGCAUUUAUGGGGGGGACACAUGAAUACGGAACCUGAAUAUGUUAGUAGUGAUUUCUGUGUAGAGGCUGUUUUGUAAGGUUGAAUCAUUAAGUCCAAUUUUCUCUUUGAUAUAUAUAUAUAUAUAUAUGUAUGUAUGUAUGUCAUGACAUAAGCAUAUACAAUAACACCAAACUAUUUUGCUCGA